AUGUUGCUGCGACAGGUGUAUCUUGCAUUGGCAAUUGCCACCCUCUCCGAGGCCGUACCGGCGCCUAUCAAGCAUGUCUUGCACGAAAAGCGAGACCAGGCUGCCCGUGACUGGGUCAAGGGCAGUCGUGUCGAGAGGGAUUCCGUGUUACCCGUUCGCAUUGGACUCUCCCAGAACAACUUGGACAAGGGUUAUGACUACUUGAUGGAAGUGUCCCACCCAAGCUCCGAGAAGUAUGGUAAGUACUGGACGGCCGAAGAGGUCCACGAUGCCUUUGCUCCAUCGGCAGAGGCCGUCGACGCUGUCCGAGAUUGGCUCCACGCUGCUGGAAUUGAUCGGUCCCGCAUCGUCCACUCCGACAACAAGGGCUGGCUCGCAUUCGAUGCCUAUGCCCACGAGGCGGAGAAGCUCUUUAUGACGGAGUUCUAUGAGCACAACCACAUGAGCAGUGAGAGCACCAAGAUUGGUUGUGACCAAUACCAUCUGCCUGAGCAUCUUCGGGAUCACGUCGAUUAUGUCACUCCGGGGGUCAAGCUCACUCCGGUGCUGAAGAAACAUCAGAAGGCUAAGCGGGCUUCCCAGUUGGGCAAAUCCAAGCCCAAUGCGGCUUCAAUCGCAUCCGAGGCCCACGAUGUCCAGAUCUCGGACAAGGCAAAGAAUCUCCCUCCGAACCUGCAGAGUUGCGGACAAAACAUGACUCCUGCUUGCAUCAAAGCACUCUACAAGAUCCCCGAUGCGAGCAAGGCCAACAAGCAGAACUCCUUGGGUCUAUAUGAGCAGGGUGACUACUUUGCCAAGGCCGACCUGGAUCUGUUCUACAAGCAGUAUGCUCCGUGGGUGCCUCAGGGUACCUACCCCAUCCCUGCAUUGAUUGACGGAGCCAACUUCUCGGUGCCUCCUAGUAGCUCACUCAAUGCGGGAGAGUCGGACAUUGAUAUUGACUUGGCUACUGCCCUCAUCUAUCCUCAGACUGUCACUCUCUACCAAGUCGACGACCAGCUCUAUGAGCCGGAGGAGGUUGCUACCACCAACCUGUUCAACACUUUCCUGGAUGCGCUCGAUGGCUCAUACUGCACCUACAGCGCAUAUGGAGAAACCGGCAACGACCCCAAAAUUGAUCCAGUCUACCCCGACAACCGGCCAGGUGGUUAUAAGGGCAAACUGCAAUGCGGUGUUUACAAGCCCACAAACGUCAUCAGUGCUUCCUAUGGUCAGGCUGAGGCUGACCUGCCCCCCAACUACACCAAGCGUCAAUGCAAUGAAUUCAUGAAACUCGGCCUGCAGGGUCACUCCAUCCUCUUUGCUUCUGGUGACUACGGUGUCGCCUCCUUUGCCGGAGACGGCAGUGCCAAUGGCUGCUUGGGUCCCGAGCAAAAGAUCUUCAAUCCGCAGUAUCCAUCAAACUGCCCUUACGUGACCUCUGUGGGCGGUACCAUGUUGUAUCCCGACCAGUCCGUUGACGACGCCGAGAGCGUGAUGCACGUCAAUCUUGGUGGCACCGCAACCAACUUUAGCAGUUCGGGCGGAUUCUCCAACUACUUCCCCCAACCGGAGUACCAGAAGCGCACGAUUGAGAAGUAUUUCAAGAAGUCCAAGUUGGACUACCCCUACUAUUCUGAGUUCGAGGUCGAUCUCAACACCACCAAGGGACUGUACAACCGUAUCGGUCGUGCCUAUCCCGACGUUGCGGCCAACGGCGCUCGAUUUCCCGCUUAUACUAAUGGGGCCGCCCUCCACUACUAUGGCGCCAGUCUUGCCUCGCCCCUGUUCGCUUCGGUUCUCAACCUGAUCAACGAGGAGCGUCUUGCGAUUGGCAAGGGUCCAGUCGGUUUCGUCAACCCAGUUCUGUAUGAGCAUCCUCAUGUUCUCCACGACAUCAAGAACGGGACCAACGCGGGGUGUGGCACCUACGGAUUUGCCGCCAUCGAAGGCUGGGACCCCGCCACUGGACUCGGAACCCCAGACUAUCCCAAGAUGAAGAAGCUGUUCUUGUCUCUGCCUUAG